AUGCCUCGCAACAACCGUGGAUCUGCAGCUCCCCCGAGAAGGCCCACCGCGGCCCCCGCUCGCCCUGCGCCACCCACUCCCCAGCAGGCUCGUUCUGCUUCCACUGCCGCACAUCCUCCUCAGCAGCAACACGCUCCUCCUCCGGCCGCCGCUGCUCCUCAGCAGAGCGCUGGUCCCGGUCUCUUUGGCCAGAUGGCCAGUACCGCUGCCGGUGUCGCCGUCGGUUCCUCUAUUGGCCACGCAAUCGGUGGUUUCUUCGGUGGCGGUUCCUCAGCACCUGCCGAGCAGCCCGCUCAGGCUGUAGCCAAUCCUGCCGACAACAGCACCUACACUUCGUCCAACUACCAGGCUCCCAGAGCUUGUGAGACCGAUGUCACCAACUUCCGUCGCUGCAUGGAUGAGAACCAGGGCAGCCUGACCAUCUGCGGUUGGUACCUUGACCAGCUCAAGGCUUGCCAAUCUGCUGCCUCGCAGUACUAA